AUGCUAAAAAUUCUCCUCCCUACUAUCAUGCUUGUCCCCACUAUUUGAGCCGUCCCGGCCAAACACCUCUGAUCCACCGCCCUUUCCUACAGUCUAAUCAUUUCCUUAACUAGCCUAACCUGACUAAAAGCAUCCGCUGAAUCAGGCUGGUCUUUUCUCAACCCUUACAUAGCAACAGACCCCCUCUCUACCCCCCUUCUUGCAUUAACCUGUUGGCUUCUCCCCCUGAUAAUUCUUGCAAGCCAAAACCACACAGCGUCCGAACCUUCCUCCCGCCAACGAACCUACAUUACCCUCCUUACAUCAUUACAAAUCUUCCUCAUUAUAGCCUUCGGCGCAACCGAAAUAAUUAUAUUUUAUAUUAUGUUUGAAGCUACCCUUAUUCCAACCCUUGUAAUCAUUACUCGUUGAGGAAAUCAAACAGAACGACUAAAUGCGGGCACUUAUUUUUUAUUCUAUACACUAGCAGGCUCACUCCCUCUGCUUGUCGCUCUCCUACUGCUCCAAAACAGCACUGGCACCCUAUCCCUUCUAACACUACAAUAUGCCCCCUCCCUACAACUCUCUUCUUUCGCCGAUAAACUAUGAUGAGCCGGUUGCUUGCUCGCCUUCCUAGUAAAAAUACCCCUCUAUGGGGCCCACCUCUGACUUCCCAAGGCACACGUUGAAGCCCCAAUCGCUGGUUCCAUAGUACUAGCCGCAGUCUUACUAAAACUAGGAGGCUAUGGAAUAAUACGUAUAAUAAUUAUGCUAGAACCGCUCACCAAAGAACUCAGCUACCCCUUCAUUAUCUUCGCCCUCUGAGGGGUGAUUAUAACUGGCUCAAUUUGCCUCCGCCAAACAGACUUAAAGUCCCUAAUUGCUUAUUCCUCAGUAAGUCAUAUGGGACUCGUAGCAGCAGGUAUUCUAGUCCAAACUCCCUGAGGUUUCACAGGCGCCCUUAUUCUAAUAAUCGCACACGGUCUAACUUCCUCCGCCCUCUUUUGCCUAGCUAACACAAACUACGAACGAACCCACAGCCGAACCAUAGUAUUAGCCCGAGGACUCCAAAUGGUUUUACCUCUAAUAACCGCAUGAUGAUUCAUCGCCAGCCUUGCAAACCUUGCCCUCCCCCCUCUACCAAAUCUAAUAGGAGAACUCAUAAUCAUUACCUCCCUGCUCCACUGAUCCUGAUGAACAAUUGCACUCACGGGAGCUGGAACCCUAAUUACUGCAGGCUACUCCCUGUAUAUAUUUCUUAUGACACAACGGGGGCCCCUACCAGCACAUAUUAUAUCCCUCGACCCAACACAUUCCCGAGAACAUCUUCUCCUAGCCCUUCAUCUCCUACCCCUAAUUCUUCUAAUCACCAAGCCCGAAUUAAUUUGAGGGUGAACCGCCU